AUGUUAACUCCAUCGCUCUUUAAGGUGAUAAGAAGCAUGUCGUCUCCAAAGCUCUUUGUUGGAGUUCUCUCAUGGAGCACGGAUGAAAUGAGCCUGAGGGAGGCUUUUUCUCAGUAUAGAGAAGUGGUUGAAGGUGGCAAUUUUGGUGGUGCUGGUGAUCGAAAUUACCCUAUAGAUGGUAACUUCAAUGGAGGUGGCGGCUUUGGCCGCGCUGACAAUUAUCCCCGUGAAGGCGAUGCAUUUGGUGGCAAUUACAAUUACCCAGCAGAGGUGGAAGCUAUGAUGGCAGUUGCAUUAACUUCUACACUGGUGGUGAAACUGGUUUUUCUUCUGGACAUAUUUGUCGAACUCCACAUAUGCUGA